UAAUCCUCCCAUGAGGUCCCGUCCGCCAGAGUUGCGGAUCCCUGUCAAGAGGAGUUUUCCAACUCGGCCACGGGACUGUGUCCUGAUUGGCUUGCUCUGGAGGCGGGGACAGGACUCUUUUGAGACCAGGACCACUUCCGGAAGCGCGAGGCAGGAAGUUAUCUCGUAUCUCUGGAGCCCCGUGGAGAAAGUGCUACCUGCCCCACUAGUGGCGGCGAGAGCUGAAGGUUGGUCGGGAGACUGACCGUUCGGUCUCGCUGCAGUUAGGCGCCGGUUUCCAUCGCAGCACCACGGCUCCCUCCUCCAGCCCCGAGCCCGGCGCGGUUGCCCGGGGGGCUCCUUCAGGCUCCUUGACGCCGCUCCAAGGGACACCUACCUGGGCAUCGCCUGGGCCUCCAGUCAAGGGACUGGCACUCGACUUCAGCACUCCUGGCCGCAGUAAGAAGUCCCCUUGUCACCCCGCGCCCCGCCUCCCUACCUAUACCAUCGAGACCCUGGUCCAGAUCAACAGCCUUGGACCUGGAACUAGACCAAUCAGAGACUCUCAGCCCUGGCCCCUCUCAGUCGGGGAUCUGCAUCAUCUCUGAGAUGUCACCCACCAUCUCCCACAAGGACAACAGUCGGCAGCGACGGCCAGGGACUUUCAAUCAUUCUCUGGAUAUGAAGAGUGGCCCUCUGCCGCCAGGUGCCUGGGAUGACAGUCAUCUGGACUUGGUAGGAGGAGAAGGGGACAGAGAAGCUCUUCUGCGGGAUACUGGUGAUUUCUCAAAACCCCAACGGAGCUACCGGGCUGAAUUAAGCAGCAUUUUUCUGUUGCUUUUUCUUUACGUGCUUCAAGGCAUUCCAUUGGGCCUGGCAGGAAGCAUCCCACUCAUUUUACAGAGCAAAAAUGUUAGCUAUACAGAUCAGGCUUUCUUCAGUUUUGUCUUUUGGCCCUUCAGUCUCAAAUUGCUCUGGGCCCCAUUGGUUGAUGCGGUUUACUUUAGGAACUUCGGCCGUCGCAAAUCCUGGCUUGUCCCUACACAGUAUAUACUGGGACUUUUCAUGAUAUAUUUAUCCACUCAGGUGGACAGUUUGCUCGGGAAUACUGAUGGCAGAACCCCCGAUGUGGUUGCUCUCACUGUGACAUUCUUUUUGUUUGAAUUCCUGGCUGCCACUCAGGACAUCGCUGUGGAUGGUUGGGCGUUAACAAUGUUAUCUCGAGAAAACGUGGGUUAUGCCUCUACUUGCAAUUCAGUGGGCCAAACAGCGGGCUACUUUUUGGGCAAUGUUUUGUUUUUGGCCCUUGAAUCUGCCGACUUUUGUAACAAAUAUUUGCGGUUUCAGCCUCAACCCAGGGGAAUCGUUACUCUUUCAGAUUUCCUUUUUUUCUGGGGAACUGUAUUUUUGAUAACAACAACUUUAGUUGCCCUUCUGAAAAAAGAAAACAAAGAAGUAUCAGUAGAAAAAGAAGAAACCCAAGGGAUCACAGAUACUUACAAACUGCUUUUUGCAAUUAUAAAAAUGCCAGCAGUUCUGACAUUUUGCCUUCUGAUUCUGACUGCAAAGAUUGGGUUUUCAGCAGCAGAUGCAGUAACAGGACUGAAAUUGGUAGAAGAAGGAGUGCCCAAAGAACAUUUAGCCUUAUUGGCAGUUCCAAUGGUUCCCUUACAGAUAAUAUUGCCUCUGAUUAUCAGCAAAUACACUGCAGGUCCCCAGCCACUAAACAUAUUUUACAAAGCCAUGCCUUACAGAUUAUUGCUUGGAUUAGAGUAUGCUGUACUGGUUUGGUGGACUCCUAAAGUAGAAUAUCAAGGGGGAUUCCCUAUAUAUUACUAUAUCAUAGUGCUACUGAGUUACGCAUUACACCAGGUUACAUUGUACAGCAUGUAUGUUUCUGUAAUGGCUUUCAAUGCAAAGGUUAGUGAUCCACUUAUUGGAGGAACCUAUAUGACCCUUUUAAAUACGGUGUCCAACCUGGGAGGAAACUGGCCUUCGACAGUAGCUCUUUGUGAUGCCAUUAAGCUUUGCAAAAAACUCGGUGGCUCGUGUAUUACAGCACUGGAUGGUUAUUAUGUGGAGUCCAUUAUUUGUGUGUUUAUUGGAUUUGUUUGGUGGUUCUUUCUUGGUCCAAAAUUUAAAAAGUUACAGGACGAAGGACCAUCUUCAUGGAAGUGCAAAAGAAACAAUUAAUGCAUUCACUACUGGAUAUUCUAAGAAAGGUAACUAUAGUUUAGUUUUAAUUCAGAGACUCUGAUAAUCAGUGCAUAGGAGUAUACAAUAUUGUUUUAAACAAGGAAAUUAUUAAUAUAAAAUGCCAAAUGGUUAAAAAAAUAGAGACUUCUCCAUAUAUUUGAUUUUUCCUUGCCUUGUUGAUGUAUUUAAAGUUUACUUAAAGUCAGGAAAUGGAUUCUAAAACAUUUCUUGCCUUGUUAUUUGAUUUAUAUCUUUUUAAUUUACUAACAAAAGUAUGUUUUAAACUGCAAUGCAGUAGUCAUGGGUGGUAACCAUGCAGUCAAGUAUUGUUAUCAGUUCCUAUCAUUGAGCUGUAUUUAAAAUUUUGAUAAAAUAUAUUAAAUGGAACAGAGCUUGAUAUUUGGGUACUAACUACAGCUAGUCUGACCUGUUGGAAGUUAAAUCUUAUUUUGAAUUGCAAAUUAGUUAAAUUCUAUGUAGAAUUUACUGAGAAGAGAAUUUAGGCUACUGACUGAAAUGCCAUUUUAGUUGUUAUUUUUCUGACCACAACCACAUUGUACUAAUGAAUCUGUGUUUAAAAGACUAUUUUAAAUGUAUUUCCUGCUUUUGUAAGCAUUAAAGAUUUAUAAGAAGAUUAUUCAAACUAUUUUUUUAUAAAACGAAAGCUAUGAUUUUUAAUUUAUUGUUUCCCCUCUCCAUCCUUUUUUGGAGGACAUUUUGAUUCCUUGUUAAUGUUGACCCUAAAGCUUAUGUAUGUUUUUUGUCAUAAGUGCUUCAUGGCACACAGACAUCUCAUGAGGCGAUCAAAUUUACUGUUGUAUGUAUGUUCGUGGCAAAGUUUUGAAAAUAAAAAUUAAAUGUUUUUCUUUAAGUAGUUAUUUUUUAUUACCAAGAGGGGGAAAAAAACAGUAAAGCUUUCAGAUAAAGUGAAAUUUAAGUGAAUAAUACCAUAAUUUUAAAAAUUAAUGCUUUAAGGAGACAAAAACAUUUUGUGCCUUUGACAAAUUAAAUCAUGUGGUGAAAGAAUGUUUCUUCAUUAAGCACUUUACUAGUAAGAAAAGAUCUCACAAUUUUUUUAUACCAAAUCAGGUACUAUAUUUCCACUUACUAGAACACAAUCUUCUGUUUGUAAACUAUAGUUUCCAGUAGAGGAUUGCUAUCCCAGAAGAAUUAAGCUAAAUUUCAGUAUGUUAGCAAUUUCUAACUAUUACGUAUACCUGGUAAUAAAGUUCUCUGCAUAUUUUGUCUUGUAUAUUACUCCGUUUAAAGAAAAAGAUUAAGUAGAGUCUUGACAAUUUUAUCUUUGUGGGAAAAUAUAUACUAACUCCAGAUUUUGUUAAUUUUAUAACAUAGGUUGAAUUUUAGAGUGGGUUUUUAAUAAAUAAUGGAGGAUAAAAUGGGUGGGAGAAAAUGGCACUCAGCAUUUGAAGAAAGAUAGAGGCAAUGGCCUCUAGAACUCAUGCAUUGCCAUUGGAAAACCUGUGUUGGGCACUGAUGUCAGAUCCUGAAGAAUCACCUGGAAAAUCAUCCUAGAGGCAAAGAGGCUUCACCAAACACUAGACUACAGCACUUUGUCACAUGGGUUGUCCAGUAUCAUGUAUUAUUAUCAACAUGUUUACUUGAAUAAAGAAAAAACGCACUUAAUUCUCAUAUGUGAAA